UCUCGUGUCUAGUAACACGUUAAAAAACGCCGACUCCGCGAGUUUAACUAAUCUCGCCAAACUCAACGCUGCAUUAGUGCCUGCAAGACUGUAUAAAUACUUCACGCAUUGCCCGUUCACGACGCUGCGCGCUUUAAUCAUUGAAAAUUCGUAAUUUCUCGGUGCUGGAAUGCUGUUUUCGAGGAUUCAUAGAUUUUGCACCCCUACCCCCACCCUUCCUCUCCCCUUUUAGGAUCAUUCUUAACUUCUCACCAUGCAGCUGAUGUAAGAGUUGAUUUUGAUAGAAUAAUAUAUAAAAUUGGUGUGAUGUCCAAAGUUUUCCAAAUUCGUGUUCUUUUCUAUGGACUAACUUACAUGAUGACACCCUUCCUUUUGCAGGUUCUCAACGGGUUGAUAGUUCAAUUUCUCCGAGUGCUCUCAACGUCCUAGAGAGGCUUGCCGAUUCGAGAGGCAUUGAGGAGAAAAGUUCAGCAUUGAGAUUUAUUUGUGACCUUUGUUUCAAAGGCUACAAAACAAAGAGUCUCCUAUUACGGCAUCAAAGAUACGAGUGUGAAAACGCUUUAGAGAAACCCUCUUUUCCUUGCAAUUUGUGCUCCUACGUCGCGAAACACAAUUAUCACCUGAAAAGACAUCUAGUCCUUACUCAUGGCAUCCAAAUGUCUCCCGUCUUCGUACCCCGUCGUCGUAGUCCUUCAGAAUUCAUCUGCCAUUAUUUCACCAUACUCCAACAGUUGUACAUCAAAACCGCUUUCUGGGAAUUUCCUCCCGAGUUCACACCUGCAGGCUUAUGUUUGCGAUUUUUGUGGAAAGUCCUACAAGGCAAAGAGUAAUUUGAAAAGGCACCAAACCUAUGAGUGCAAAAACGUCCUUGAGAAGCCGGUAUUCCCAUGCCCACAUUGUCGCCACAUCUCCAAACAUAAUUUUGACUUGAAAAAACAUUUGAUUCUGAAACAUGGGGUUAAAGUAAAGUGAAAAAAAACAACGAAACUAGCAUGCAGCAAUGCAGCAUUGCAGCACGUAAAAGUAAAAGGGCACAACUUCGUUUUUUCUAAAGUACCGAGAGUAGAAGAAAACGGAAACCUUUUUUGUCAUGAUGAAUUUGUUUUUCCUCUCAAGCUGAAAUUAAAGUUGAGAGAUAUCACUACCACUAAAAAUUUCUAAAGUUUACAUUAUUCUGUUCAUUUUUUAGGAAGGAAAAUGGUCUUUCUCCUUUUUUUCCUAACUUUCUUUUUGCCAUUAUGAGGACCAUUUGAGUUUACACUUGAUGAUCCUAAAACUUUUAUGGCUUAGCUCUAGAAUUUUGUUCUCCUUUUUUUUGAGCACAAAGAUAUCUGGAAGAAAGCACAUUUUGAAAUUCUAAUUUAAGACCAUCAAACGAAUUCAAUAUCUCAGUUUUAUUCCAUUAUUUGAAAAUUUUGAACACUUUGGGCGAAAGAUCCCCCCGUAAACUCUCAAAA